AGUAUGGCGGCGAUGGACGGUGCGACGUAUUUGGUUAUAAACAACAUUCCGGUCCGGCUCCGAUCCGCGGACUUGCGGAAUUAUUUCAGUCAGUUUAUAGAGAGUAAGGGUUUUAUUUGUUUCCACUACCGCCACCGGCCGGAGGUUCGAGUUCAGACGGCAGCACAAGGGCCAGAUGCAGCUGGUACCAGUGAGCGGACAGACGGUUCUGAUGGUUCUAAAGGGAAACCCGCGGGUUCGUGUUGUUGUGUGGUGUCCGUUCGUUCAAAUGAAUCAGACAGAUUCUUGAAGAUGUAUUCUGGUAAUCAGUGGAUCGAUUCAACAGGAAACUGGCUGGCGAGAAAAUGUUUGAUCCGGAGAGUAAAAGUAUCGGGGCAGGAAGAUCACAAUUCAUUCCCUUACAAGACAAAGGCUGAACUGCGACGACACAUCGGCCAAUCAGAGACCUUUACCAUGUCUGACCUGAAGGGCCUGUCAGAGCUCAAUCCACCCAGCCUCAUGCCAGCGGGGAACGUGGGCACGCCUGUGACAGUUUUCCUGGAGCUCAUCCAAUCCUGCCGCCUCCCGCCACGCCUCAUACGAAAGCUAGGACUCACCUUUCCCAAGACGGGUUCGCAUCGGCGAUAUGGCAACGUGCCUUACCAGUAUCGUAGCACAGCUGUCAUUGCCCCAAGUGAGGAAAGUGUUUUUACAGCGGGGGGCGUGGAGAUCUCAGGGCCCGGCAGUGUGGCCCCGCCCACAACCACACAAACAGUAGAAGAGGACCAAUGCCACUCUCCUCCGCCUGUCAAUCAAGAGUCACAGGAAGCAGACCUGUCCGGCCCUGAUGAUGACGAUGACCGCUGUGAAGAGUGGGAGCGACACGAGGCCUUCUAUGAUGAUGUCACCAGUCAGGAGCGCUCUAAAGAGAGACUGUUCGAGGAGAAGAUUGAGCUCAAGUGGGAGAAAGGAGGAUCUGGACUCGUCUUCUACACAGACGCUCAGUUCUGGCAGGAAGAAGAAGGAGAUUUCGACGAACAAACGGCAGACGAUUGGGACGUGGAUAUGAGCGUCUAUUACGACAAAGAUGGUGGCGACAUGGACGCCAGAGACUAUGUCCUUAUGCGUUCUGAAAAGAGACUUCGUGAGGGUCUGGAGGGGCUGCCUGGACGUCAACAGAAGAUCGGAAGCUUCGAGAGGUUCACAAAGGGAGUAGGCAGGCGUGUGAUGGAGAAACAGGGCUGGAGGGAUGGUAAGGGUCUCGGGAACAGUCAGGUGGGAAUGUCGGAUGCUUUAGAGAGUGAAGGACAGCAUCCACACUGUAAGAGAGGCUUCGGGUACCAUGGAGAGAAGCUCAGCUCAUUUCUUCCACUUAAAAAACCUAGAAAGGAAUUUCACAUAUCAACAAUUUAUGAUAAACCCAAAGACAUCGAUAAAGGUGAUGAGCUGCUGCGGCGGCAACCCAACACCAGCAUUAAGUACAGAGACUGGCAUCCAGCGGGCAGCGCCUACUCAACCAGCCGACCUCUGCCACCGUGAUUCAUGACUGUUUUCUAGUGAUAUUCACAAACACUGAAUUAAGACUUUAUUUAUUGUUAUACAAAAAACUGAAAAAUGAAAAAAUUGUAUUUUUCUUAGUAUGUUUUUACACAAAUAUGUAAAUAGAUUUUCUGUGAGUUAUGUAUUAAAAGU